GCAAGCAGCCCCCACACCCGCAGCCGUGCUCCUUCAGCAGGCCGUUGUUAGCACUCAGCAGCCAGCGAUUCCCGUCGUCCACUCGUCCGGAAAGCGGCACCAGUUGUAGUCACUUGUGAUUGAUGUGCAGAUGGAUGGUACUAUAAAGGAGGAGCUCUACUCGGAGGCUUUGCGCUUUUCUAAUCUUGAUUUAGGUGUGAGACCGGACACCAACAAUGGAAACCACAAUGCCCAUGUUGAUGAUGAUGAUGACUUAUGGUAUGAUGAUGAUGAUGAUGAUGGUUCAUCAUGUGUUCCUUCAAAGGCAGCAGACAGGUCAUCUGAUUUGGACAGGGAGUGGCAGAGGAGGCACGACCAAUUCCAUACAAUUGGAUAUCGUGACGGUCUUAUAGCAGGAAAAGAAUCCUCUGCACAAGAAGGGUUUAAUGCUGGUUUUGUGGAAUCAGUAUAUGCUGGAUACAACUGGGGUGUUGUCAAAGGUGUAAUUGGUACUCUGGCUUGCCUCCCCCCUGAAUUGCAAGAAAAGUUGAUUACAACAGAGGAAAGCAGAAUUAAGUUCCAGAAAUUGCAUGAAUCUGUGCAGCCUGUUUCUGCAGCAGAUGCAUUGAAAACGUUUCAUGAAUCCCUGCCAAAAAGAUCGGUAAAUCAAGGUGAGACCGUUGAAUCUAGUUCUUGUGUUAUUGAGUCGCAGAACCAAAGAUCUGAAGAUGGUUUCCAAAAUUACCAAAGUGAGUUCGAAUCACUUAUCAGCAAAUUGCCUUUGGUAAAAUUGAAUUCAGAUUCAGACCAGUAAACCUUUAUUACUCUUAGAAAACAGUAAGAUCUUUCUUUGUAAAAUUCUACACUAACAAGAAGAAAUGUUGCCAAUUAUCUAUUAUCCAUAAAAGGUGGCCCUUAAUUUUGCAAGACUUAUCUCUCUCUUCUUGAAUAUAUAUUUGCAGAUGUGUGUAUAGAACUA